AUGAAUGACGUCCAGGAGGCCACCUCCCCUGCAACCAGCCUCAGCGGACCGGCUACCUGUGUCUCCAAAGUGGAGCUGCGUGUGUCUUGCAAAGCUCUGCUGGACCGAGACACGCUGAAUAAAUCAGACCCAUGUGUCAUAGUAAUGGUGCAGACCAACGGACAGUGGACAGAGCUGGACAGGACAGAAGUGAUCAAGAGCAACUUGCACCCGGUCUUUGCCAAGGUUUUCUCUUUGGACUACUACUUUGAGGAGGUUCAGAAGCUGCGGUUCGAAGUCUACGACAUCCAUGGCACCCACAGCAUCGGCACCCGGGACGACGACUUCCUCGGUGGGGUGGAGUGCACCCUCGGCCAGAUCGUGGCCCAAAAGAGGAUGGUGAAGCCUUUGCUGCUGAAGUACGGGAAAUACGCCGGCAAAUCCACCAUCACGGUUCACGCUGAGGAAAUUUCUGGCAACAACGGAUAUGUGGAGCUCUCCUUCUGUGCCAAGAAGCUCGAUGAUAAGGAUCUCUUCAGUAAGUCAGACCCAUUUUUGGAAAUAUACAGAAUCAACGACGACGAGACCGAACAGCUCGUGCACAGAACUGAGGUGAUUAAAAACAACCUGAACCCUGUGUGGGAGCCCUUCAAAGUGUCGCUCAUCUCACUGUGCAGUUGUGAUGAGGACCGUAAGCUCAAGUGCCUAGUGUGGGAUUAUGACUCCAGGGGGAAGCACGAUUUCAUUGGCGAGUUCUACGCCACCUUCAGGGAAAUGCAGAAAAUCUCCAGUGGAAAUAAGGUGACGUGGGAUUGUAUGAAUCCCAAGUACAAACAGAAGAAGAGAAACUAUAAAAAUUCAGGAGUUGUCAUCCUCAGUGACGUUAAGCUCCACAGAGUGUAUUCCUUCUUAGAUUACAUCAUGGGAGGAUGCCAGAUUCAUUUUACGGUUGCCAUUGACUUCACAGCCUCCAAUGGAGACCCCAGGAACAGCUGCUCAUUGCACUACAUCAACCCGUACCAGCCCAACGAGUACCUGAAGGCUCUGAUAGCAGUGGGCGAGAUCUGUCAAGACUACGACAGUGACAAAAGAUUUUCAGCUUUGGGGUUUGGUGCCAGAAUCCCUCCAAAUUAUGAGGUUUCGCAUGACUUUGCCAUUAAUUUCAACCCCGAGGAUGAUGAAUGUGAAGAGAUCCAGGGGGUGGUUGAAGCCUACCAGAACUGUCUCCCCAAGAUCCAGUUGUACGGCCCAACCAAUGUCUCUCCCAUCAUUAACAGGAUAGCCAAGCUGGCAGCAGGGGACGGCAACAUUAAAGAUGCCUCUCGAUACCACAUCCUGCUCAUCCUCACGGACGGUGUGGUGACAGACAUGGCCGACACUCGUGAAGCCAUUGUGCGAGCCUCCUACCAGCCUCUCUCCAUAAUCAUUGUCGGUGUGGGCAACGCAGACUUCACAGACAUGCAGAUUUUGGACGGCGACGAUGGGGUCCUCCGCUCACCAAAGGGAGAGCCAGUCCUCCGGGACAUUGUGCAGUUUGUGCCCUUCAGAGACUUCAAAACGGCUUCUCCCGCAGCCCUGGCCAAAUGUGUUCUGGCAGAGGUUCCCAAGCAAGUCGUGGAGUACUACAGCCAUAAGGCCAUCUCCCCCAUGUGCCCGAUAAGGGAAACACUUACGCCAAUCCUCAGCCCGGUCGCCACCACCCCGACAGAAUAA